AUGAAUCGGGUUCUCGACGAUGGACCAUGGUCCUUCGAAAACAAUUUGCUGGUGUGCGCUCAGGUUCAACCGGGAGUGAGGCCGGAGGAGGUUGAUCUUACCAAAGUUCCGGUUUGGAUCCAAAUCCAUGGAUUACCUACGAUUUUCGCCUCGACGGAAUUUAUCACCCGCAUCGGCGACUACGUUGGAACAUUCGCAGCUACCGAUCCACACAAUUUUGGAGGAGGCUGGAGAAGUUACUAUCGGAUGCGUGUUCUGCUGAAUGUAAACGUGCCACUGAAACGCCGAAUGAAGAUCAUCCGGAAAGACGGAUCAACGCUGUGGAUCACCUUUAGGUACGAAAGGCUCAACAUUUUUUGUUUCUGUUGUGGCAUUCUGGGGCAUAUAGAUAAGCAUUGUAAGAAGGCGUAUGAGGAGGGUGUGGAGCCAGAUGAAUACCCGUUCGGCGCUUGGAUGAAAGCAGGGCCACGCCGGCAGGUCAAACCGAUUGGUGCCAAAUGGCUCUUACCAUCAAGGGCAAAAACAAUGGUGGCUGUCCCCGGGGAGGUGUCGCCAUCAGUGGCACUGGCGGUCGUAGAGGAGAACGGUGGCCUACAUGGCGAUCUUAAGAGAAGACGGGAAGGCAGUGAGGAGGUGGAUGAUGUGACGGGCAAGGAUGUUGUGAUGGAGGAACACUCAAAAAAUUUUGAUAUAGCGGGGCUGGCGAACCAGUCCUGCCCGACACAAUGA